GAAGCCGUUGGCUGCUACUGAACCGUUUGGCUCUUUUCUCUACUAGCGAGCAAACCUACAAUCUAGACCCAACUGUCCAUCCAGCUCAUUUUUAAGGGGAUUUAUCAUUAUAUAUGCCCGUGUAUCCAAAACACAUCGGUCAUUGGGGAUUCCUAGCACCGGUUGGCCGGGUCUUAGGGCCGUUAUAACGCUUUUUUCGAGGUUUAAUUAGAGCUAGAAAACAACGGUGGUGGAGGAGGAGGAGAUUCCAUAUUAGGAGCACAGAGGAGAAAGCACCCCCCUUGUGUGAUUUGGAGCUUCUGGUUCUGAGCCCAUGGUACAAGACCCAGAGUGAACAUACUGGUGGUGCAUACAUACUUACUACUGUGGCUAGGUGUGUGCGUGCUGACCUCAUGGUGUAACAGGAGUAAAGAUGAGCAUUAGCAGUGAUGAGGUCAACUUCCUGGUCUACAGAUACCUACAAGAGUCAGGGUUCUCCCACUCAGCAUUUACGUUUGGUAUAGAGAGUCACAUCAGCCAGUCCAACAUCAAUGGUGCUCUGGUUCCCCCUGCUGCCCUCAUCAGCAUCAUUCAGAAGGGCCUGCAGUAUGUUGAGGCUGAAGUCAGCAUCAACGAGGAUGGAACGUUAUUUGACGGGCGGCCCAUUGAGUCUCUGUCCCUGAUAGACGCGGUGAUGCCGGAUGUUGUUCAGACAAGGCAGCAGGCCUACCGGGACAAAAUGGCCCAGCAGCAGGCUGCCGCUUCAGCACCGGCAUCAGCCACUGGAGGCAGCAUCGCUGGCAACGCCAAGAACGGAGAGAAUACUGCCAAUGGGGAGGAGAAUGGAGCACAUGCCUUAGCAAACAACCAUGCAGACCUGAUGGAGGUGGACGGAGAUGUGGAGAUCCCUCAGAACAAGGCAAUGGUCUUGAGGGGUCACGAGUCAGAGGUCUUCAUCUGUGCCUGGAACCCAGUCAGUGAUUUGCUGGCAUCAGGGUCCGGUGAUUCGACAGCUCGUAUCUGGAACCUGAGUGAGAACAGUACAAGCAGCUCCACACAGCUGGUCCUGAGACACUGCAUACGAGAGGGAGGACAGGACGUCCCCAGCAACAAAGAUGUCACCUCACUAGACUGGAAUAGCGAGGGCACACUGUUAGCGACAGGCUCCUAUGAUGGAUUUGCCAGAAUAUGGACGAAGGAUGGUAAUCUGGCGAGUACACUCGGCCAACAUAAAGGUCCCAUCUUUGCUCUUAAGUGGAAUAAAAAAGGCAAUUUUAUCCUCAGUGCAGGAGUAGACAAGACAACAAUCAUAUGGGAUGCCCAUACAGGGGAAGCCAAACAACAGUUUCCGUUCCAUUCAGCUCCAGCACUAGAUGUGGAUUGGCAAAGCAACAACACAUUUGCCUCCUGUAGUACAGACAUGUGCAUCCAUGUCUGUAAACUAGGACAGGAUAGACCCAUUAAAACAUUCCAGGGACACACAAAUGAAGUAAAUGCAAUCAAGUGGGACCCCACAGGGAACCUGCUAGCUUCCUGCUCAGAUGACAUGACACUGAAGAUCUGGAGUAUGAAGCAGGACUCGUGUGUCCAUGACCUGCAGGCCCACAGUAAAGAAAUCUACACCAUCAAAUGGAGUCCCACCGGCCCUGGAACCAACAAUCCCAGUGCUAACCUCAUGCUAGCCAGUGCAUCAUUUGACUCCACAGUUCGUCUCUGGGACGUGGAGAGAGGCAUCUGUAUCCACACACUGACUAAACACCAGGAGCCAGUCUACAGUGUGGCUUUCAGCCCCGAUGGUCGGCAUCUGGCCAGUGGCUCCUUUGACAAAUGUGUGCACAUCUGGAAUACACAGACGGGCGCUUUAGUCCACAGUUACAGAGGGACAGGGGGAAUCUUUGAGGUUUGCUGGAAUGCAGCAGGGGACAAAGUGGGAGCCAGCGCAUCAGACGGAUCUGUGUGUGUACUAGACCUUCGGAAAUAGUGCUGCUGUUUGUUGGAAGCCAUGGACCGACCAUGAAUGUGUACAUAGCCAAAUGACUGUCCCUGCCUGCCCUGCGUACUGCUCACGCUUACGACUACGGCCCCGCCCACCAACAGACAGGAAGCAGGAAACAGGAACAGGAAGCAAGCACCCCGACACAGCAGGUCCAGACACAGGGAUGAAUGGAUGGGCGGACGGACGGACAGACAGACAGACAGACGGACAGACGGAUGGAUCAGCGGGCAGAUGGAAGCGCCCCUCUCUAUCUGAACAGACUCUUACAGAGAUGCAGAAGGGACGCAGUGAAAAAAAGAAAAAACUGAAAAAAAGUUACAGAUCCGUAUAUGUACCAAAUUUGGAAGCUAUUUUGCUUUUUUGAUCUUUAAACCAUGCUCAUCGUCAUCAAAAUGAAAAACAAUGAAAUAUAGUGUUGAUCUUUGUUACUAGCUGGAUCUCAUUGUGCAGACAUAUCAACUUCUCCACCAUAAAACAGGAUGGCACUUAGUUUUUUUAAAUUCCAGAUCUCUUGUUUCAAUGUUUUUAUAUUUUUUAUCUUUGGGGGAGGGGGCAGGGGCUGGCCAGAGUUUUGUUAAGUGGAGAAGUACAUACACACAGAUACACUCGGACAUGCACACCAAACAGUUCUCAUAAACAGUGUCCUCGUCAUGAUUUCAAACCGAUGUGACAAACCUAAAGGCUUUUUUCCCCACAUGUAUUUCAGUAGUGGUUUCUGCAGUUGUGAGUGGGUCAAAAUGCAGUAAAUCAUGUGUCGUCCUCUCCAGAGGAAAAACUCUGGAUUCUCCUCAUACUUUCACCUGGGCACAUGACACUGAUCAUGUACAUCUAGAUGCUGUAAAAACAGCUCCUUAGUGCACUAUUUGAUCUGGAUGGUUUUACGCACACAUCUUCUCUCUGGACUCUUCGGUCAUAGCAGUUAAACAUCUGAUUGGAUGAAAUUGGCAAAAGUCUGACCGUUGCCUCUACUUUGACCAUUCAAGGCUGUCCUGAGUUUUAGGUAACGCAGCAGUAAUCAGACUGGCAGCCAGUAGCAGUUCCAGCAGUUUUUUUUUGUACCUUCACUAAAAACCAUACAAAUUUACAUAAAUAACUCAUAUACUCUGAACAGUGUCUCCCAUCACGCUGCAUUUAUCAGACAUUUCUAAUGUGACUCAUGGACCACCCUCAAAGGCCUCAAAUCAAACCCUAAGGUGGUUGUUUAAAGUGUUUUGCAACUCUUAGUUUUGGCAGGUUAAAGAUUGUCAGAGGUCGAUGCUCUGGUGGCAGAAAUGAUCUCAGUCAGUUAAACUGCAGAGGGCAGAGCCAAAGAAAAAUCCACCAAGUACAGGAGGACAUUGUUAAUAUUACAGAUUGUAGAGCUCCACUAAAGACAGGCAAAGACAGAAUUUCCUGUAAACUCAACAUUCUUCUCUACAGUGAGUGGAAACAUUGUAAUAUAUCAGAUCGUUAGCUUAGUGUGAUUGACAUGGACACUUCUUUCUUGGUUCCAUUUUGGGAAUUUUUUACAGCACUAUACAAAGCAAAUGAGGAUUGAUUGAUAAGUUUGUGGCCUAUAAGAAGAUGAGUCCAAUACCUGCUCUAUUAACCUGAUUUGGCGCCCUCAGACUGCUACCUCUUCCCCUACAUGACAAAGGAGCUCAUUGGUUGUCAUUUUGACAGUGACGAUGACCUCAUCGCUGCUGUGCACAGUGCUGACUUGCAGGUUUUCAAUUGCCUGAAACAGACAAACCACGUUAGUUAUUAACCGUCAAAUUUGAACUGUUGAACUGCACAUGCAUGUAAUGAGAGAUAUUUCUUCUGCCAUAGGCCACAAACUUACCAAUCACCCACUGUACAUCUCAGAACUCAGAUGCUCAGAUAAAAUGGCAGUGGGUAACUCCCCUGUUUUGGGUGUUUCUGCAUAGAGCAUGAUGUCCUGGUGAUCAUUAGCCCUCCAAAUGGAGUGCUUUCAGAUGCAGAUACACUGCUAGAAGAAAAUUUGCAGAAUUCUUUGCGAAAACAAGUAAUGAGUGGCAUCCCAUUUCCUAGGUUAAACCCUUAAUUAAUACUCUGGAGCAGCUCUGCCUCUAAGACUUGAGUAACUGAAAUUUUAAUCUGCUGAUAUUUUAUUUUUUACUCUUUUAAAAACUCAGAUAGACAACAGGCUGCCUUUACGUAGAGUCACAUCCCCUGUGUUUCCAUCUUCACACAUCACAAAAAUGCUCAAACCUACAGUCUCAUGCAUGUGUAAGUGCAGCCAUAGGGAAUUCUUUUUUUUUUUCCUGCUGAAUCUUACUGACUGAUCUCUGGUACAAGGUUGCUGUUCAAGUCCAAAAUCAAGCCCAAAAGCAGACCAAACAUGGAAGCAAUAUUUGAACAUUUGAAUUUUUGUCUGAUUUUAUUACCAUUAAUGGGUCAUAAUGUGGGGGAAUAAUGACGCUGCAGCUAUGCUGUUUAUAACCCAGUUGGAGCAAACUAGAUGAAAAAUAUCUGAAGUUGCUAAAAGUCAAAUGUACAGUCAGUUCCCCACAACAUGACAGUCAAGGUGAAUGAACAGAAAACGACAGGUUGUACUUUUGAUGUAUUUUAAUUCAUCUGCCCUGUCACCUUCCUUAUUGGUUCUUCACCAAAAUUCUGCCCCUGUUUUAUUCUGAGGUUCCCUACUGACAGAACAUUUUAUACUCUUUUAAAGACAAAUUUAAAGUUACAUUUUUGUAAUUUCUUUGUAGAUUUGAAAAAAAUGUGAAUUGAUGAUUUAUUGGCAGUGUUAAUUUACAUGUUCUAUAAAUUUUAAAGGUUUUGUUUUGUUACUUUGAUGCUAUUGCAAAUACUAAAGGUUGACCCUGUAAUGUAAGGCUUACUGAGCUGAGCUGUCAUUCUGAAGGCACCUUGCCUGGGAAGAGUUUUCCCAGGGGCAAAUUACCACUAAAUUUGUCUAUGAAUAAAUAAAGAAAUGUUUUACUUUUUCUUUUGCUUGAAUCUUUUUGGGAAGCUUGGUCCCAGGAAAUGACUUUCUCCUGAAACCCCUCUUGGCUUUACACACGAGACAAAUUGAAUAAAAUUCUAAUUUUUCAAUCAAGCCAGGACUCUGGGGAUUUUUUCUGUCCCCUCUUUUCUGAAAGCUAAAAGCAGGGAGUUGUACAGAUGUUCUGUGGAGAAAGUUGCUCUGGAGGCAAAUAUAAUAGCGAUGAGUUGGUUGAGUAUGGAGUGUGCACAGUGGGACAAUCAAACCUUGAUCUCACACAGAAUAACUUUAUUUGACAACAAAUCUAUUCACGUCUCAGUAAAUGUGUCUGUGUGGCUGCUAUUAUCCACAUAAGUGCACAUUAAUAAACUUGUCUUUUUUUUCAUUUGCCUGCUCUCAGAUUCUCUGCUCCUGUGUUAGCCAAACCCUCAAACACUAUCUCACAGUGUCUGUCUGCUUUGUGCGCUCUCAGGUUUGACUGCACGCUUGUUGAACCUGAUACUGUUACACUGUGCUUACAUUUUCAGCCAAAUGGAAAACUGGAGUUGGUGCCAAUACAGUUACUAGUAGAAUCACCCAUUGCUGAGGGAGUAGGGAAGCUCUUUAUUUAAAUUAAAAUUUAUGUGCAUGUGAAAUAUCUUUGUCUGGGCUAAAAUGUCCCAUCACACACACACACACACACUCAACUGUGGCAAAUACAGUUCCAUACUUAUGUUAAACCUCAGUGGCUGGAGCCAAAGAACCACGUUCUCUCUGGUAAUAUUCAACUGAAGCCCAGUGAUCCAAAAAUGAAAUCAUUACCAUAUACAGUAUUUAUUGAUUUAAGUUUGAGCAUGCCGGCUUCACUGAGGUUUGAUUAAACCAAACCUGCCUCCAGAGCACCUCUGCUUCUGACAAGCAUUAGUACAACUACAAGUCAUCAAGUUCUCCUAAUGGACUCACAGAGUUCAUGUGUUCCUGUGUGUGUUUUUUUUUUUCCCUGUAUUUGAAGCAUUUGGCUAAUGGUUAUGAACCCCCCCCCCCC